AUGUAUAAGAGAUUUUUCGCCAGGCUUUACUCAGCUAUGGCUGGUCCCAGGCCCGUGGUGCUGAGCGGCCCAUCCGGGGCUGGCAAAAGCACUCUGCUCAAGAAGCUCUUGAAGGAAUACAGUGGUGUCUUUGGCUUCAGCGUCUCACAUACAACAAGAAAUCCACGACCUGGAGAAGAAAAUGGCAAAGAUUAUCACUACGUCACAAGGGAAGCCAUGCAAUUUGCCAUCGAUAAGGGCGACUUCAUCGAGAGUGCCGAGUUUUCUGGGAACAUGUACGGAACAAGCAAAGCUGCCGUGCAGGCUGUCAGGGCCCGAAACCUCAUUUGCAUACUCGACAUAGACAUGCAAGGGGUAAAGAAUAUCAAGAAGACUGACCUCAAUCCCAUUUACAUCUCCAUCCAGCCUCCAUCUUUGGAUGUCCUGGAAGCCCGUCUAAGAGACAGAAAAACAGAAUCAGAAGAGAACCUGCAAAGGCGCUUGCGGGCUGCGAAGGUUGACAUUGAGUUUAGUAAAGAACCCAACAUGUUUGACGUCAUCAUCGUCAAUGACAACUUGGAAGAUGCUUACGGGCACUUAAGAGAUGCGCUUCUUGAGGAAAUCAACACAGUCAGGAAAAUCAACAUUUCGUCGUAG